AUGGAAUCCACAAGAGUUUUUGGAGCAAAACUUGGAUUUAAACUCUCUAUUCGUUCUCAGGCGAAUGUACUGUCGUCAUGCAAACCCUUUCGUUUCCCGCCAACGUCAUUUCCCGGCAAGCCUCCCAAGCUUGUUCCUUUGAAGGCCACUACUAACACUCUGGCUUGUGAAGAUGAAAAUAAUCGCCAGUUCAAGAAGAUGGAGCCUUCAGAGUGGGGUCAUCAAUUCAUCGAUGCUCAUGUUGAUGUCGCUAGCGGGGUUGGCCAGCCAGUUAUGUCCUGGCUGGCUGUUUUUCGAAAUGGGAUUUGUGGGCAAGGAAGGUAUCAGGUUGGUUCAGCCAACAAAGAGGUCUUGGUGGAACGUGCUACCAUUGAUACACAAGCUGGACACAAGGACAUAGUCGAUCUACCUGUUAGGGGCGUGGUUGUGAAAGCCAAACUUUGUUCGACUAUAGAAGUUGCAUUCCUUGUAGGGCAUGAAGUUGUCAGUAACAUAAGAAUGGGUUAG